GACAAUAAAAAUUAUGGGGUUAAAAACACCCACUUGCAUAUAUAUAUAGACAGUGGAGUGGUGUAUAAAAACACCAAGUUAUCUCUAUUCUUCCUUUAGUGAAAGAACACUCUAACAUCUCUUUGAAGAAUCUCUCUGUAGCUGAAUUUCAACACAGAAACAAUGCGCAGGACCGAGCACAUCAUUCUGCUAUUCAAAUAGUUGGGGAAAGUGAGGAGAUAGAAAGCAGUGACUCAUCUAGUUAGACGGUCAAUCAGUUGCCAACUUUAUAGGUAUCCAAGAAGCAACUGAUAAUGCCCACCACGAAGGUCUACAUAGUUUACUACUCCUUGUAUGGACAUGUGGAGAACAUGGCAAGAGAAAUACAGAAGGGUGCAAACUCAGUUCCCGGUGUUGAAGCAUUACUUUGGCAGGUACCUGAGACGCUGCCCGACCGAGUUUUAGAGAAGAUGAAGGCUCCUGAAAAAGCUGAUGAUGUACCUGAGAUUAGGCCUGAACAGCUUGUAGAGGCCGAUGGCUUCAUCUUUGGUUUUCCUUCCCGUUUUGGGGUAAUGGCAGCACAAUUCAAAGCCUUUUUCGAUGCCACCUAUGAAAUAUGGGCUACUCAAGCUCUUGCUGGGAAGCCUGCUGGGAUCUUCUGGAGCACAGGUUUCCAUGGGGGUGGACAGGAACUUACCGCAUUGACUGCCAUAACACAACUAGCACAUCAUGGCAUGAUCUUUGUUCCUCUGGGCUACACGUUCGGCAAUGGAAUGUUUGAGAUGGAACAAGUGAAGGGUGGAUCUUCUUAUGGCGCUGGAACUUAUGCAGCAGACGGUUCACGUGAGCCCACAGAGCUCGAACUUCAGCAAGCCUUUCAUCAGGGAAAGUACGUUGCUGAAAUUACGAGAAAGCUGAAGACUUAAAAUCUUCUAUACUACAAUGCACGUUUCAAGAAUUAUGAUGAUGACAUUGUGCUAAUAUCUUUACCAAAAAAAGAAGGAACUAAUAGCUUAUAAAAGUUCAUGAUGUAAAUGAAGCUUGAAAUUUUGGAGUUCCUGUUGCACUGAAAUGCCGGCAUAUAA